AUGCAUGUAACCGAAGCAAAUGAAAAAGAAGUCAUGCGUGACAAUUUCUCCCCAUCACGCUACUUUGUAGUUGUGCUAACUCUACUUUCAGUUCCCGCUACUCUGGCUCUAAACUUCUCAUUUUUUGAAGAAGCAGCAGAUGCCAGAUUCGCACCAGAAGGCUAUGACUACAUCAUUGUUGGAGGAGGUGCUUGUGGAUGUGCACUAGCGGCAACUCUGUCGCAAAAGUUCAAAGUCGUGCUGCUGGAAAGAGGCGACUCCCCGUAUGGAUAUCCCGUGCUGAUGAGAGAGGAGAAUUUUGCAGUGAGCAUGCUCGAUCUAGCUCAUUCUCAAGCAUUUCUGACCACAGACCUGGUACUAAAUGCAAGAGCAAGAGUCCUUGGGGGAGGAAGCUCCAUCAACGGUGGCUUCAUGACUCGCGCACCAAAGUCCGAGAUAGACAGCAUCGUGGGCUUGGAUGACUACGCUCAAGUGAAUGCAUCUUAUGAGUGGCUUGAGAACGGGAUAUCAUCGCUGCCUCGGACUGGACCCUUUCAGACCGCUUACAAGAAUGCGCUGCUCCAAGCUGGUGUGACGCCCGAUAAUGGUGUAACUUACGAUCACCUUCCAGGAGCGAAGGUUGGAGGCACUCUCUUUGAUGGGAAUGGAACUCGGAGGCCUGCAUCAAACUUGUUGCCCCUGUAUGCGAAUCUGAGCAACGUCCAAGUUGUGAUAAACGCUCUUGUUCAGAAGAUCAUCUUCUCAGGUUCUGGUACUCCAAGAGCUGUAGGUGUUCUAGUCACAGGCUGUUUAUCUGGGAAAACGUAUACUGUUCUUCUCCGGAAUUCAUCCAAAAGUGAAGUGAUACUCACAGCAGGUGCAAUAGGCACUCCUCAGCUGCUCAUGCUUAGUGGAAUUGGUCCCAGAGACCACCUUCAAGCUAAGAUAAUCAAAGUGGUCGCGGAUUCCCCCGAUGUUGGAAAACACAUAGUUGACAAUCCAUCCACCAGAGUCUACAUCGACUCACCAUCCCCAGUUGAAGUUUCCCUCAUUCAAAGUGUGGGGAUCGAUCCAUCUGGAACAUACUUCGAAGGGUUAAGCAGUCCGCAGCAGAGUCCAAUCGUUGUGGUCACGCAGAAGGUUGCUAAGCCUCGUUCAAGUGGAGAGAUCUGACUUUUAACUCUGAAUGCUGAUGAUAAUCCUCAAGUCACCUUUAACUACUUCAAAGACUCUGUUGAUAUGCAGACGUGCGUGAGUGGAGCCAACACACUUGAAGAAGUUUUACUGACUUCCAGCUUCAGGCCUUUCAUCACUGGUUUACAGCCCAUGCCUUCUGGUGGCAUUGUGGCUGCUCCAAAUCGAAGGAAUCCUUUACUAAAGCCAACCAUCAACACAACACUCGCACUAUACUGUCGAACAGGCCUGGCAACCAUGUGGCAUUACCAUGGUAGCUGUAGAGUGGGAAAGGUGGUGGAUCGAACUUACCGAGUUAUUGGGGUCGAAAAACUCCGAGUGCUUGAUAGCAGCGUGUUUGAUUUCUCUCCAGGGACGAAUCCUCAGUCGACUUUCAUGAUGCUAGCAAGGUACAUGGGAUUGGAAAUGGUUAAGCAGGCCUAGGCUUAAAUGUCAUUUUGCUUUACUUGAUUAUGAACAAAAUAAACUUCAUUUGAUUUUAA